UCUAUAACGGGAACAAUAGGGAGAACCGUGGCACCGAGGUGUGUUUCCCGCCUUGCAAACGGUAGCUUUGAAACUCCUACAACCUGGCCAUUCGGAUGCGGUGCGAUGGCCUUCUGGUUUCAGCCGUGUUGUAAGUGACAGUAUCACGGAUCGGACGUCAUGCAGAUGUGCUAAGGUGCAGCGUUUUUCGUCCUGCCCAUCUUGCAUGGGUACGCGCCGUCAUGAUGGGAUCUGGCAAGGAGUUCCUUUAUGUUUGUGGAAGUCCAGGGUGCGACUACAAGAGCAAUAAGACGGGACUACAAGAACACACGGGUAAAGAGCACAGGACAUCCAACGAGCUCUUCUGCAAGACGUGCUGGGCCAAGUUCUCGGGCGUUACAAAGCUCUUGAACCACUCUUGUAAAGCAGCUUCGGGAGACGCUGCGUGCGGUGUACUUGGCUGUUCUUUCAAGGGAAGUUUCGAAGGCCUGAAUAGUCAUAUACUGUCGCAACAUGACGGUGUCGACAACUUGGUCUGUAAAUCGUGUCUUUUUAGCUUUGACUACCCUGUCAAGUUCAUGUCCCACGUUGUCACUGAAUGUUUUGACGGGAAUAAUACUCGGACGGCGAACGGGUGUGACACACCGAACGUGACUGUACUGCAGUGUACGGUGCCAAAGUGCACUUUUUUCGCACAUAAUUCUCACGACCUGAUUGCACACACCGAAAACAGCCACCCUACGUGCAAUAAGUUCCUGUGCAGAAAUUGUAACAAGUCGCACCCAGAUGUGAGAUCCCUCAUAUGCCACUACAUGGGUUCAGAGAGUUGCCAGUUAGGGAAUGAGGAGAGGACCAUCACCUGCGGAGUGCCGGACUGCAGCGAGGAAGUGCCACUGUUCAAACUGGUGAGCCACAUCAUAGUGUCGCACCCAAAAACAAACAGGUUCGUCUGCAAGAAAUGCAACAUGUCGUUCGUAGCAGCUAACGUGUUCACCACACACGUGAAGACUUGCAACGUCAAGUCGAAAAAGGCGGCAAAACCCCAGCUGGGAUUCCAACCUUCCUAUCGCUGUUUCUACUGCAAGAUGUUGUUCAACGACCACAGCGAGUACGAGUUCCACCACGGCAAGGUGCACUCCGCGAAAGAGCCCAUGUUGCAGUUGUGGAGCCCUGGUCUGUGUAAGUACACGCGACGUCCCCACGUCGACCCAAAGACGGUCGAGAACGAGUUCGCGUGCGCCUGCUGCGGUGCUCAAAUGUCCAACGAGCAGUCGUUGAUGAAACACAUCAUCAUCAUGCAUCAGCAUCAUUGCUGCAUGAGGUGUGGUUUCUUAUUUGGAACGCGGAAGGAGUUGGCACAGCACAAGAAAGAGGUGCACUACAAGUUUGAGUGGACUCAAGCACCGGAAGAAAAACAGAGGAAAGAAAAACUCAUCGAAAAUUCGAAAGCUCAAGAGAGUAUAAAGAACCGCGUCGUAACUCCGGCACCCGCCACCAGGGCAAAGAAGUUUGAGUGCUACCUGUGUUCCUUGAUGUUCGAGAAGAAGUCCAUCCUACAAAGGCACGCGCUGUCGAGGCAUCGUGUUUACCUGUGCCAUUAUUGCGAAUUUGUAAGUUCGGGGCCGUCCGCGGUCGAAGGCUUGAAAAGGCACCACUUGGCGGCGCACAAGCAGAAGAUAUCGCUGGCACAUCCGGGCGUGAAGGAUGGGCAGACGACAGUUUUCGCUUCUGGCGACGCCUCGGAACGGGAUCGCCGUCCAGCGUCCCCGACGCCCUGUCCCGCUGCAGACGACGCCUCCUCGGCUCCGCAAUCCCUCGGAGAGGAUCGCUCUCAACAGUCUCCGUCGGCACAUCCGGGCGGGAGCAGAAGGGUACAGGGUCCAGCUUCCCGUACGGUCGAGAGCAUCGAAGCAUAUUGCCAGCGUGUGUCUCUGCAUCGAAGAGCAGUCGACAGUUUGCAGAAGACCUCUCAAAAUGCGGGGGCUCUGGCCACCAAUGCAGAGUGUGCCAUAUGUCACCUGAGGUUCCCGUCCAGUUACGCGACGCUCCAGCACAUUUACGAGGCACACAAAGGGUACUACAUUUGUCGGCACUGCAGAUUCGACUGCGAGACUCUCGCCCUCAUGGAGGGUCACCACAGACGCGUGCACGGCAAUAAAGUCCUGAGCUUCUUUCGUAUCGAUAACUACAUUCUGAAAUCGCCGACCAAGAAUUCCGCUCAGGGCGACUCCGUGGGUCCAUCAAAUACGGUGCCUAAAGCCGCAAUAUCUUUGGGCAUGCCGGAAAGUUCAGCCGAGAGCAGAAAACGCAAGUUUGAGCAUUACUACACCACGCCUUUUCGAAACGCCAAGAAGAAGAAGAAGCUGAACGGAGUGACAGUCUCGUCGGACGAAUCGAUAGACAGCGGCUCGAGAAACGACACAUUCGAAGCAGUGGUGAGCCCCCGCAAACAAGAACGCGGCGACAACCACAUUUCGGUAUCCCUGCCAUCGAAUUCUGCGCCUAAUGCUGCAAGUGUGCUACAGGGUCUAGCAGGUUCGGCAGAGUGUGCGGCACUCAAGGUCGGUCACAACCACUCCAGUCGACUCGGUAGCGUCAAGAAGGCAGUGACCACCGUUGCAUCCUCCUCGCACAAAUCCGCAGAGAGCGGCUCGGAGAGCAACGCGUCCCAGCCUGUUCCCGAGGGCACCUCAAAGAUGGAGCACACGUGCGAAAGGUGCAAGAAGGGGUUCUCGGAGAAACACGCCCUGUACGAUCACAUGGCGCAGCAACAUAGGCUUCGGAACUUCUGCAAGUACUGCAACUUCGGGACGAUACCGACGCACGUCCUGUUUGCCCACAUCAUCAGGGAACACCCCGGUCUCGAGUUCAGGCACAUCGUGCUUCAAGACGGCAUGUUUGUGGAAAUGGAAGAGUCUCCGAGCCCGGUGUUGACGCAGAAGGUCCUCAAAGAAUCCAGGGAAGCAGAUGCUGAAGCGUUCGAGGAAGAAACGACCAGGAGCGACGGCAGCGAAGAAGAAGAGGAGUGGUCGAAGCCUUCGGAAUCCAGCACAGAGAGCGAGUGGAGUCCCAACGAGGAAGAAGACGUCGGAGGCGAAGAAGAAGAGGAGUGGUCGAAGCCUUCGGAAUCCAGCACACAGAGCGAGUGGAGUCCCAACGAGGAAGAAGACGUCGGCCAUCGAAGGACUCGAGCCUCGCAAGCGGCACGGCCCGUUGUCGCGGAGACCUCCAGCGAAUCUGAGCGCGACCUGCCCCUCGGCGAAGUACACGAUGAAGAGGAUUCUGCAGAGCACGCUGUUGUACGGAGCGUAUCGUUUACGGAGGACGCUGACAGAGAGGAGACUGCCCCAGCGAUUAUCCCUCGUGUGAACGUGAAAGAGGAACGUCAGGAAAUUGAGUCGCAGAGCGAGGACGAAUACCCCGUUUCGAUACUGGACAUUAUGAAGGAGUUCCCCGCUUCCGGCCGCGUUGCUGAGGUUGAAGCCGAUUCGACACGCGACAAACGGCAGGACGCCGAGCAAGUCAGACGCGAAGUCUGCGACGAGAUGGCAGGCGAUACGAGAGUUUCCGAAAGCUGCGACGUGGGCAUGAAAGUAGAAAAAGAAACGCCGCAGCUUGAAGUGCUCAUCAACGCUGCAGCGAUCAAACGGGAAAAUCGGGAUGAUGAUACGGAAACGGUGUCGAUCGAGACUCAGGAGUUGGAUCCGGUCGAAUACAAAUCUGUGCUGGUAGAAGGGAAGAUGGUCCUUGAGGACAACCAUACGUUUUGCACAAAGAAAGAGGCGGAAAGUUGUCACAAAAACCAGUGGAACGACGAGGCAGAGGGGACGUCGAAAGGAACGUCGGAAUGUCCUCUCAACGUCUUCGGAGGGUAUCGAGUGCCCAAGACAGUCGGUGCUUUUAAGACGCUCCUCGAUAACGUCGGGGACCUGUACAAGUGCUGCGAGUUCGCGUGUUCUUUCAGCACGAUGUUCUCGCCUGACUUUAUCGACCAUUUGAGGCGCCACAAGAAGGCACGGCUCUUCUGUAUCUAUUGUGGCACAAUUGUGGCAGACGCAGCCGAGCUGGUUUGGCACCUGGAUUGCAAGCAUCGUCACUGUUCCUUCCAGUGUGCCAUGUGUCUGUACCGCGCAUCGACGAAACAGCACAUUGAAUGCCACUUCGCUCACGCGCACCCGAACAAACUUGCGGACUACGUCACGGUUCUCGCAGUGAAAGAUCCUCAGGUAGAGAACGUUGUCAAGCCGGAGAGCUGCCAACCGUACUACUGCGGCUUCACGGACUGCAGCUUCAGCACCAUGAAGACGACAGACUUUGUCGGCCACCUCAGCACGGCGCACACGGACGAGCCGUCCUAUCCGUGUCCGCUCUGCAAGGACCAGAAGAGAGACAUCGACGAGUUGGUGUCGCACUUUCAUCAACACGGCAUCAACAACGUCCAGUGCGCUUACUGCAAGCACUGUUCGGUGACCAUCGGCGGAAUAAUUUUGCACCUUUGUUACUGCCACCCCGAAGUCCUGGUCAAGUUCUUCUUUCGAAGCAGCGAUCUCGAAAAAGAAUUCAUGAAAGUGCUCAACGACAGCGAGUACGUCCUUCCGCACUACUUCAUCGAUCUUGUCCGAGAGAAGUCGGCAACCAUGUGCAGGGACAUGGAACACGUAACCCUGCAGCAGCAGUGUCCGUUCUGCAGCGCCUGGUGCAGAGGAUUCCGCGCUUUCAAGUCGCACGUUCUGGCGGAACACAGGCCCGCAGUGAAUUCUUCCGAGCUGGCGGAGAUCCUUUUCCAAAACUAUGGCUACAAGGACGCGGUUCCGUUGGGCAGGUGUCCGUUUUGCUCCUUCGUUGCGGAGAACACGGCGGAGCUUCAAGAACACGUGCUCGACGAAGAGCUUGUGUAUGCACCGUACGAGUGCCACAUCUGCAUGCAGACUUACAGAACGGAGAGAGACCUAGAUGAGCACCUGUUCGACAAGCAUGUCGACGAACAAAAGCUCGUUUUCCACAACCCCGACACGCAGCUGUUGGCAUGGGUUAAGAGCAACAUAGCUCUGGAUAGCAAGAAGCACGAUAUCAAUCCCUUUGACGUGAUCUUUAACCCAUCCUGUUCCACUAAGGACAGUCCUUCUGGUCUGCCAUCCAUCGGCAGUGGGCAACUAGAACAGCUUGCAAAACGCUCUCCGCCGGAGCCCAACAUUCAAGUCAGCGCCGUGUACAGCGUUGAAAGCAACGGAAGUGGGGACGACUUUGUGACGGGCAAAUACCAUUGCGCGGCAUGCGGGCUGACGACGUUCAGCAAGACAAACUUCAAGAGUCACAUCGACGCCUGCAGCAAGAAUUACGUUCAAGACGGUUCAUGUUCUGUGCAGGAGCCAGACUUGAACCGUUCUGUUUGUCGCAAGGGUCUCAAGACGAAGAAGCUUCCAGGACGGCACAACGAGAUUGUUCACGUGGAGGAGGGCGGCAGGAAGGUGAUCACCAUCGACGAUGAUGAAGUUGAGAGCGACGACGUUCAAGUUUUGAUACUCGAACCGAAACCAAGUUCGCGCGGCACCGCGAUCGACGUGGGCGCCCAUUGCAAAGGCACGACAACAAACAAGGAAGGGUUCUCGUUUUACGGGUCGGAGUUUGUUCCUGUGAGCAAGAAGAAUCUGUUUGUGCAAACGGAGUUUGUGAAAGUUCCUGUGAGGUCAUACAUGAAGCUGGCAAACUUUGAGCCACACGUCCUCGUGGAGGAUGUAAAGUGGAGAUUGCUGUGAGGUGAAUCUCGGUCAUGUGUCGGCACGAUGUCGGGACUGCUCCCCGAGAGAUUUGUACUUGCAUUUCAUCGUUGUUCUUCAUUUGAUCAUUUUAUCGUGUUAACUUUUGUGUACAGUACUCCAGUUUUGUGAUUCCUUACAAAUACUUACCUGAUUGUUGCGCCCUCGCUUUUUUUUUUGCUCUGUUGCAACGUGCACAUAAAGAUAUGUGCGAUUCAGCGUAUAUCCUGGAUAAUUUUACUAUGUGCAUGCAGCUGUACAGAAGUGUAUUUUUGAGAUUCUUACGUUUUGUGCCCUGAUGCCCUGCUCUUUAGCGAUGCUUGUUUAAAGUGAUCGUCUCUUGUUGGAACCAUGUUCUUGUUCUGCAAUAUAGAGGUCAACAAGGAAUAUGAAAUCUCUAGAAUUGGUGGCUUGUUUACCAGCGUUGUGACGUUUCUGCCUUAUUGCGAGUCAGUCGUACGGGAUUUUCGUAGCUUACAAGAACCCACGCGCUUGCCUAGUCUUGGUGCUAUAUGGUUGCUUAAUCUGGACGAAAAUAGACAUGAGCUUUGAGAAUAAAGGAAACUAUUCUUGUUCCUA